UUCGGGUGCAAUGUGGCGGUGAUACUUUAAAUACUUUCUUUGCUCUUUAGCUGUUAAAGAAUACCUCUUAGGAUUAGUUAUGCUACGACACUUACCGAAAUCAAUGACCGGGUGAGUAGCAUUAUUAUCGUUGGAUAGCAAAACGUUAUCGCUUUUGAGAUCGUUGUGCAUAAAAUCAAGCGCAUCGGCAGCUUCUUUGCAAAUUCUGACCCAGUCAACUUGAAGCAUCGAUUCCACUGCUCGUUUAAAUGCGACACAUUUCCCGUCAAUUCCAUGAAAUUGUAACACAAGUCGAUAGGACUUUUCUUCGAGAGGCGCCAAACAGUAAUGGUAAUCCUACGGUUUUUAAAUGAAAUGAACUUGAAAAUUAAUAUCAUAACAAAUCUCAGAUAAUUUAAUUGUUGAACAUGUGGAUUUUCAGUGCGUAUACUUUGUCUUUGUACAAUAUAUUUAAACUAUGUUGGACAAAUAAUAGCAUACUCGUUUCACUGACAGCAACACUGCAGACCAAUUUUCUAUUCACAAUUUGAUAAAUACCAAAGAAAUACAUCAGGGCAUUUUUUAAGGAUUUGUCAGUGGAAGGGCCAACUAUGAAAAGUGACUUAACUAAGAUAUGAAUAGGGAAGAAGUGGCGAUACAAAAAUUCUAAGGGGGUCUGUAGGUCCUCUUCCAGAAAAACGUUAGAAUUUCCGACCUCCCUAAAAUUGAUUUCCUGCAAUUUUAAUAUGAUUUUCUAUCAUUUUCAGACAAAAGGGAUUUGUACUGGGGGAACCAAAACCCUUUACUGGGGGGGGGGGCAGGGGCCAACCUCCAUCGCACAGACUUUCCACCUGGGGGAAGGGCAACAUAGGGGCUAGGGGGGGAGGCUUUGGUACCUCCAGUAUAUAUGCUAAAAAAGGUCCUGUAAAUAUAUAUGCACUGGUUCUAAAUCUAGAGAAGUUUGACCCUAAAAUAUACUGCACAUGGUACAGUAUAAUUAAACUAAAAAAUAAACUAUUAAAAUACUUGGUUAUCACUAACACAAGAUGUAGUCCAGGUAUAUAAGCUCCCCCAUGUAUAAGCCCAUCGAAAAAUGCUGAUGAACUUACAUAUAAGCCCAGGGCUUAUAAUCGGAGGUUUAUGGUAAUUCGAACAUGCCACAAAACUUGGGAAAAAAUUGCAGUUUGGAGCCGAAAAUUUAGACUUUUAGUAGUUUUUAUCAUUUUUAUGGUGUUUCUAUUUUACUAAAUCUUUAACAGGUUUAUUAGAUUUCAAACCACAAAUCACAGAGGUUGAUAAGACAAUGGACAAAAAUAUAAAAUAAAUAAACUGAAACUGUAUAAAAUAAAUAAGGGACCGGUCAUUUAUUACGGGGAGGGGGGGGGGAAUGGGUCGAGAAGAAAUUAAAAAUUUUGACAAAACUUUCAAGGCUCCUCCCCCUCUAUUUUAUGGAUUUUCUUAGAGGCCACCCCUUAUGCAUCAUAUAGUUUUUAAGACAUCCCCUCUUCUAUUACUUGAAGAACCAAACUUCUGAUAGCACUGCAAUCCAAUAGCAGGGUAAUAAAAGUAGGGGGAUUGUCAAAUGUUGAUGGCCCAUUACAUCUCUAGAGGGGUUAGGAAGAAUGCUCCACUGGGAAAAUUUUGUAAGUCUACAGGCCCUGAAAUGUGAUUUCUUCCAUUUUGAGGGUUUGAUUAUGCAAAAUUCAGAAGAUUCCAAAGUACACAAAACAUACUAUUUUUCAGGAAUAUCCCCAUGCUUAUUUUUCUCACCGUAUUUGGACAGAUUAAAAAAUUCAUCAAGGCAAAUUCAUCCCCCCCCCCCCUUUUCGUAAUAAAUGACUGGUGUCACUGGUCCUUAAAAUCUGUUUCAAACAGUCUGCUAGACUUUUGAAUAAUUACACAGUACCUGGAUGGUCAAAAAGAUUCAGAACAUCUGCUUCCCAUUUCACUAAAUCAAUUUUUGCAUCCUCUUGAAAUGUCUUUACUGCCACUGUUAUCCCUCUGUAGAACAUCUUUUUACAAACACCAAAAGCACCACUCCCCAGUAUUGGAUUUUCAUGUCUGAUCUCCACCAAAUUUUCACAUCUUAUACUUUUGGCAACUCUGAAAACAAGUAUUCAACAAUAAUAUGCAGGGUAUUAGUAUACACAAUCUUCAUUACCUCCAAGCUGCAAUGGGGCAAAAGUAAAAUUGUAAUGUAUGUAAAAGGGCAAGGGCAAAAUUUUGUAUCAUUAGACAGAGUACAAAGUAAGUGAUCAUUUAUUCCAUUGCACUCUUUGUAAACUUAUCUGCUGAACUACUGUACCAUUAUGUAUCUCAAACAUUCAGUUAUCAUUUAAUAAACUGUACUCCAAAAGCAGUAAACAAAUAAUGAAUGUUUUCAUUUGUGCAAUGGUAAAAAUAUUUUGAUUGGGUUAAAGAUAGAGUGUUCCAUUGGGUCAUUCCAGAAAACAUCCAUACUGUACAGUACCUCCCCCAAGGAGGAAAUGAGAAGUUAACCACCCUACCCCCUUUGGAUGUCCUAAUACAAUUACUAUAAUCACAAACAAAUUUUCCACCUCCUCCCCUCCAGAUGGCAGAAAUUUCCCCCUUGGGGGAAGUGAGUGUUGAUCUUUUCUGGAACAACCCAUUAAAUUCAGACCUGUUGUCUUGUUGAAUGAAACAUUCCAUCUUUAACCUCUAAAAUUGCAAUAUUUGAGCUGGACUUAUCAUAAUACAAGAUAACAGGAAUCGCUGUCGUAACAACCUAUCAAGACAAUACUCAAAUCUAUAUGGGUCUCCAAAUAAUUUUAUGUAUGUACCUGUACCUGACUUUACAGUACAUAUGUAUUUAAAUAUCUUGAACGGUGGGUGUAAGUGCAGGUAAAGAAGAUAACAACUUGCUGUGAUGGAAAGAAAUUACAACUACCUGACAAAUAUAAUGAGAACUUUUCUUGAAAUGUCAAAGUUCUCAUUAUAUUUUUCAGGUAGUCGUAAUACAGUAUUUAAACACUACUUAAUAAUACUGUUCAUAUACAGUAAAGAAAGAUGUUAUUUGCACUUCACUUGGUUGAACUAGAAUGCUGGGUUUGGUGGAUAAUCCAAGUGAGUAUAUACAUCACUAUAUUAAGAUCUAACCAGGAAUGAUUGCGAAAAAUGCAACACCAAGUCCUUUGGUAGGAAUCAAACUCACAGCCCUGCAAUUCUGGAGUGGCGCUCUAACCAACUGAGCUACAGAGGCCAGUUGCUGAGCUGUAACUGUAACUUCAUGUAUAUACAGUAUAGGUAAUCAGGUGUGCGGGUUGUUAUAAGGUAACUUGAAAGAUGUUAUUUGCACUUCACUUGAUUGAACUAGAAUGCUGGGUUUGGUGAAUAAUCCAAGUGAGUAUAUAUUGAACUAGAAUGCUAGGUUUGGUGAAUAAUCCAAGUGAGUAUAUAUACACUAUUUUAAGACCUAACCAGGACCGAUUGAAAAAUGCAACACCAAGUCCUCUGGCAGGAAUCGAACCCACAGCCCUGCAAUUCCAGAGCAGCACUCUAACCAACUGAGCUACAGAGGCCAGUUGCUGGGCUGUAUAACCGUUAAUUGCAUUACAGUACUGUAUUUUUAUGUGAAAUAUUUAAAAUAUUGUACGCUUUUGAUAUAACCGUAAAUCGUUCUACCUAAACAUUUUUCUCUUUUUUUUCUUUUCCUUUUCAUAUUGGAUUUUAUACUCCAUGAAUCUUUAAUUCAGUUCUCGGUGCUGCUGCUCUGUUUUCGACCAUAUUUCGUGUUCAACUGCCUCCUUAAUCUUUCUUGAAUGUCUUGCAUUUCUUUCGGAUUUGGUCAUCAUUUUGUAGGCUUUGCGUUUUUUCUUAUUGCGUUUCAACCUUUUUCUUCUUAGCGACUCUAUACUUCAAGAAGCUUGGAUAGUCGUUUCUUUGUCGAUACCUGUAUGUUCUUGUUGUUGUGAUGAAAUGGCAACAUUGCUAUCUGCUUUGUCUUCGAAUAGUUGCUUUUGGAAUAGCCUACCGUCAGCAAGCGCCUUAUCACUCGCACGGUAAGCAGAUAGCACCGUUCAGGCGCAUCUACAUGACUAAAACUACUUUACAGCAUGUCCUCCAGCAUUGCAAACACACAAUGAUUCUCGUGCUAUUACCGCCAUGUUUGAUUCCUCCCAAGCAAAUUAAUUCUAAUACGCGCAAAACGCAAAAUACGCGCCAAAUUUGUGGGGAAUGGCGGGGAAUGACCCCUUGCCAUUGUAAAAUCUUCUGUCACUCGGUCUAGACCAUUACUAUCGUUUAUUUGGAAAAUUGAUUUCUUAAAGCCAUCGCUAUGAAAAUAAUUUUUCUGCCAAUUCAUUAAUUGUCCUGCAAUUCGAUUAAUUUCGUAUUUUUUGUUCAAAAAUAAGUAAGAGUUAUAAACCGAGUACAAGGUUUAUAACUGAUAUAUUGACCCGAGGACGCGUAGCGUCCGAGGGGCAAUAUAUCAGUUAUAAACCGACUUACUCGGUUUAUAACUAACUUAUAUCACACUUGCGGAGGUUUUCCAACAUAUUUUGUCAUUUUCAAAAAUUUUUAAUGAAAAAUUCUCGCGUUUUGUCUACAAGUUUAAUCCAAUCAUUUAUUCAAGGUCUAUAAGCUAGUUAUAAACCUCGGACGAACAAAGAAAACCGACGCAAGUGUGAUAUAAUAGCAGUUAUAAACUCCGGGGUAAGAAAGUGCCGUUAGGUGAUUAAAAUCCAGUGUCUUACAUAUUUUUAUUUAAAAUGUAACCGUUUAUGCGCCAAAUUUACAUACAGUAAUGCAAGAUAGAAAGGUUAGUAUAUUGGUAUGUUUGAUAUUCGUUAUAUCUCUAUUUCAUCCUACUAAAUCUUACUUUCUGUAAUUCCGCAUUUCAAUUCGUUGGAAUCCGCAGUAUAGUAUGUUGUUGUAAUUUAUAUAGUUUAUUCAAGUCACCGGUGACGGUUGGCAAAUAUGGCGCAGAAUUAUGAUGAAGUUCUUGUGGUUCUCGAAGAAGUUUCACGUGUGAACAAGCAACCUGUCAAUGAGAACCGUGUUCUGAAAGAAAAUCUUGAGAAGCGAGAUCAAGAACAAAGAAAAAUUUUGGCUGAUCUUCAGCAGAAAUUAGAUCAGGUAACGAGCGGGAACAACCGUAGCCAAAACAGUCGAAGGAGACACACAAAAACACCACAGGUCAAAGUUCCUGCUCCUUGUCGGGUAAGCGUGUUUAACUUUUAAUUUUGUUGACUUAAAGUGAACUAGAAAAUCAUGCUCUGUAGAACAUCAGGCUUGCCAAUAUGUAUAUUGAGUAAAUAUGCCAUGUAUGUCUGUGAUAGCUUGGCUAGGCAAGCUAGCAUAGGCUACCACUGCCCUGGGACAGCCAGUCUCAUGUGAAACAAAUAAAAAACUGUUAAGCAAGGCAAGCUAGCUUGAGCUGCUGUGAGGCAUUAGCUACCUUUGUUUGCUGUGAUAGGCGAUAGCCAACUAGUCUUAUGGAAAGCAAAUAACAACUGCCAUGCAAGGCAAGCUGCCUUUGUUUGCUGCGACAGCCAACUAGUCUUAUGGAAAGUAAGUAUCAAACUGCCAUGCAGGACAAGCUACAUUGGUUUGCUGUGACAGCCAACUAGUCUUAUGCAAAGCAAAUAACAACUGCCAUGCAAGGCAAGCUACCUUCAUUACCUUGGUUUGCCGUGACAACCAACUAGUUUUAUGGAAAGCAAAUAACAAACUGCCAUGCAGGACAAGCUACCUAUACCUUGGUUUGCUAUGACAGCCAGCUAGUCAUAUGGAAAGCAAAUAAAAAUCUGUCAAGUGGGCAAGCUAACUUGGUUUGCUGCAACAGCCAGUCUUAUGGAAUGCAAAUAUUAACGAACUGCUGCACAAUUUGUUUGCUUGUUACAUUAUUAGUAUCAGGUUCACAUCUCCUACCAAUAUCAAAUGUCUUGUAUUGUUUAUAGAAAAAUUACCAGACAGGUGUACAACACCUUGAUGAAGAAAGAUGACUUUGGAGGAUUCAUCUUAACAGAGAGGUAUUAGUUUGUCUCAAUAUAACCUAUUGAGCACUCACAGACACAUGACCUUCUUUUAUGGGUAGUGCCAGAUUAACCAUAUGGCUAGCCUGCUAACAGGCUCUCAAGGUCAAAUGAGAGCCUGCACGGAUGAUAAACAAAUUUUGAAUAUCCGCCUUUAGAACAGAAAUCACAAAGCCCUCCUUUCAGUUUUCUAAGUACGGAUUGUCUAUGUUUAUAUGGCGUUGUAUGCAACUUGUGCAAACUAAAUUUAGACAAUUACAGUAGGUCUAUAUUUAUAUAUUUCAAAUUAAUCAAAAUAAUCAAGCAAUACCGUAAACCUCCGACUAUAAGCCCAGUGGGCUUAUAUACUUUCAUAUAUAUGGGGGGGGGGGGCUUAUGCAUGUACAUGGACGAUUUUUUGUGUUAGUAAUAAGCAAGUCAGACAUAAACAAGUCAGUCGUAAACACGAAAAUAAACAUGUAUUAAUAACGUGUUUUGAUUCACAUAGUGGGCUAUAAAUAUUGGCAUCUGUUCAAAAACAGUUCUCUGCUAUAUUAAAAGACAAUGUCAAUGUUGAGUAAUGUAUAGUGGGCUACUGGGCCUAUAUUAUAUUUGGGGGGCUUAUAUUCGGGUGGGCUUAUAUUCGGGGGGGGGGGCUUAAAUAUAUUUGGAAUGAGGUGAGCGUUAGUAUAUGUGGUGGGCUUAUAUUCGGGGGAGGGCUUAUAUUCAGGAGGGCUCACUGUAUAGUCAGAGGUUUACGGUUUGUAAACAUUUUAUCUGUUUUAAUUGCUGUUUUGCCAAAUUAUUUCGUUUUCAUUCUUUGAAAUAAAAUAUUUUGAGACCAAAUUAAUCAAUCGAUGUAUUUUUUACAACCUGCUUCAGCAGUUGGCGUACCGGGUAUGUGAUUCAAUAAAAUAUCAUUGCAAUAUUAUAUGGUCAAAACCAUACAUCUGACCAAUGAGAAUUUUGCAUCCAGAUUUGAGACGCACAUAUUCAAAAUUGUAUGUCAUCAAUGCAGGCUCUCAUUUUACCUAUUAGCAGGCUACCAUAAUAGGCAGAAGUGGCAUAUGCCAUAGGCCUUGCACUUUUAGGGGCCACACACUUGUUUUUUUCAGCCUGUUUUUCAUGGCUAAUUAUUAAAUCCUGCCUAGGAAAUUUGAGGCACCCAGUCAAGUUACUGUUAAAAAAAUUCAUUAAGUUGCAUUUCAGUUUGAACUAAGGAUGAGUACAAAACAUAAUUUAGAUUGAUUAAUUAAAAAUUUAUAUUACCAUGAUGAGAGUCAUGAGUCGUUUUCAAGGCCAAGGGGCCCUGCGCUGAUAUAAUGCAACGGGCCCUGUGAAUGUUAAAUUGUUAAUCAAACCCUACUGUACAGUAUUUUAGGGGGUAAUGUUUUUCAAGCAUUUACAGUAGUUCUGCUAUAUAUUUUUUUGAUAAUUCGAGUCUUUCAGUUAUUUAUAAUGUAUUAAAUUGAAAAUUCAACCUUGAAACUCCCACUACUUUUUGAAAAUAUUCAAAUAUCAAACCAACAAGUCCUAGAAUUUUUAUCUUGUAGCUUUUUGUCAAGUGCCAUGCAUUUCAUCUCCUAAAAAUAGUACACAAUAGUAUAUAAACCAGAGUCAGCUUGGAAAAGUUACUAGUAGAGUAGUAGAAGUCAGAUAAGAAAAUGGCGGGAAAAGUGAUUGGUUAAUAUUUUUACUCAUAUACAGUAUUUGUAUUUCCAGCCUUUAUAUUUUCGUACAAUUUGAUAGAAAUAUAUUUCAUUACCUUGCCACCCACUAUUCCCUAAGGACUGUAUCACAGAAUAACAAAUCUACAAGGAGUCUCACUCCAGCAAAACUAAGGCAACACCAAAACUGUGGAUUGUAUUAGUCAGGAUGGCAUGAUUUGCAUCAGCGAGUCAAAAGUUUUGUGGAAAAAACAUCAAAGAUUUCAACGCGAGUGAGACUUCUGGUAGAUUUUAUAUUCUCUGUUCGUCAAGAAUUGACUUUACAUAUAUUUUAAUUAUUCUAAUUUGUAGUAUACACUCAGAAAGUAACAGAGCUGUUGUGGAAACGGUUUUAACUGAAACAUUCGCCCAAUUCAAUGGGGUAGACAAAACACCCUGGUCAAGAAUUGAAGGUAAUGUAUCCAGUUUCGUCCAUUCAAUACUAUUUUGCUGCAUUACGAAACAUGAUUUUUUUAACUUAACAAAUCAAAUUACGGUUGCAUCGUACACUGUUUGUAAUUUUUGGUAGUUUUAGUAGGUUUUAGUAGUUUUAUCGGUUGUAGCAACCUGAAAGUAAACGCCUAAAACAGGUCUUAUUUUUUUAUACUAAGACUAAGUCACUUGUUUCCUAUCCUGCUUGUAAAUUUGCUAAAGUGAUGCAAUGUCAUUGAUUUUAUCGUUUACACUCAAAAUACAAGAGUCAAGAACCUUCCCAGUUAAAUUAGUUAUGCAAUAUAAGUAAAGACGUCUCUAUAAUAUGUUAUGCAAGUAAAGACGUCUCUAUAAUCAAGAAUGUGUAUUACUCGUUAUUAGACAGUUUUAGAUAACAAGACGCAGACGUCAAGAGGACGUGAAUGUCGUCAUUUGGCGCCAACUAUCGUCAGCUUCUGGUUUGCGACGUCGUCUUGGACGAUUUCACGUUAAAUUAACAACUGUUUAAAAUCAGGAAAACGUGGGAAACUAGAAAAAUAAAAGCACUUAAAAGCAGUAAAAACUCAAUCAAUUGUCACAACAGUGCCAAAAAAGUGGGACAAGGAAAAAAACGCUUUCCAGCGUGAAAAACUAUCGUAAACAAUAUUAAAUUUUACCAAUAUAAACACUGAUGCUAUAUUUAUACUGAACAGUUGACAAACAUGAUUGAAUAGGCUACAAUUAGCUCCUAAACAAUACCUGCAGCUGUUGUAUUUAUUCCAAAUGAUGCAACAAAGUUCACUAUUCAAAAUACCGAAAUAUAAUUUUUUUCUUGAAAAAACUUAUUGAAUGUCCAUACUAAUUCAUCAGGAAACACUUGGCCAGUACUAUACAGCCUUUUCUUGCACAUAUCUUGACAACUGAUUAAAAACAAUACAGGAAUGAACAGGUAACAAGAAAGCAAAAAUUUGCUUCGAAAAAGACAAACAAGCCGUCCCAGAUUAAAGCCCGGAAGUGAACGCGAGGUGCAUACGUCAUUUUCACGUCCUCUUGAUGUCCGCGUCUUGUUAUCUAAAACCGUCUAAUACUAAAAAACACCACGUAUUGGAUUGCAGAAACCAAAUUCUUGUAUUUUGGCUGUAAUAGCUUGAGCAUGUGAGAAAAAUGAGAGGCUUGCCCUAUUGGCUUAUUAAUAACUGGGUUUUUUUUCGUUUGCGUUGCUCAACAACUUUUCACAAAACAAAUUUAGUGCGGAUUGUGGAGUACAUGUAUUUAAUGCAAGUUUACGGUAUACACAUUUUGUCUUAACAAAAUACAUUCUCUAGUGUCAAAACAUUUAAAUCUUACCUCUUUAGUCACUAUUCUAUGUUGGUAUCAACUGUAUUUUAUGUAAACUUGUUAUGUACUUGGUCUAUGUUACGUGAUUGUCCUUGUCAUAGGAGUAAUUGUGUUAAUGUAUACAUUUGUUAUCAGUAUUUAGUAAACUAUAUUUGCAUGUAUUUUAUCGGAAAGGGUACCUUGCAUGGGUAGUGUAAAUUAUUUACGUUCCGUUUGCACCUCUUCCAUUUGGGUAAUAUCUGUUCCGUGCAUGCAUACUGUAGUAUGUAAUUGUAAACAAUUAUGUCAUAUUUACCCAAUAAAGUGUAUAAACUAAACUAAACUACUUUUCUGUACUAUACUGCACAAUGAACACAGGGUGAUAUAGAAAUUAUUGUAAAGCUUCCUUUUUCUGUUUUACCAGUUGCGUUGAAGAGAUAUUUUGUCUCCCAAUACGAAUUAGAAAAACAGAAAAGCGAGGGAAAAUAUGAACAGCACAAAAAGAAAUGCAGAAGGCAGGGAAGGAAAAGAGAUGUAAGUACAGACAGUUACUGCAUGCAGUAAUUCACUUCAAUAUUUUAAAUUGGACAAUUUUUUUUCUUAAUAACCAGCAUUGUACACAGCCACAGUGCUGUAUAUAUUCACUGCCACUGGUUAAUAGGCAAAUUCGCAAUUACGUACGCCAUAUUGCAAAAGGGGGCAAACACAAUAGAGAGACAAAGGUUUUAGCAUUUCAUUUCGUUGUAUUGUAUUGUAUUGUAUUGUAUUGUAUUCCCAUUGCAAAGAGGCAUUGUGUUUGCCCCCUUUUGCAAUAUGGCGUCCGUAACUUCGAACUUGCCAAUUCGCGACCGUGUUGCCAUUGCGGAUUAUUUAAAUCUCUAAAGAUAAAGAAAUAGUAAAGUAUAUUGUAACAUCUUAAGUCUCAGCCUGGAAAUCUUUUGGAGAUUCGCUGCUGUAUACAGCUAAUUCAAUUACGGUUGUCCUUCCAAAACCUUAAGCCUUAAACUCUGAGCACGCAAGGGAUAAUGGGUUUUCACCUAUUAGACCCUUAAGCUCAGAAAAUUGCCUUUGCAGCAAAUAUGUUUUCUCUCGUGAGUCAUACACGGCUAAAAACGCACAGGUUGUUCCAAGUUGAUAUCAACAGGCGUGAACAAUGUUGUGUGGCCAACUAUGAACAAGUUGUCAACCAUGUUGUUCCAAGUUGUUACAGUUGAACAAUGUUGUAACAACAUGUUGACAAUACUGUUCAUAGUGGGCCGCACAACCUUGUUCACGCCUGUUGAUAUCAACCUGGAACAAGUUGUUGAUUUUCUCAAUUUUUACGCGUGUAUAUGUCUUACAAUAGAUAUUCUUGCAAAGCGAAAUUUCAAAGUCUAUGAGUCAAAAUAAGCAAUAACCCAUCAUCCCUUGCGUGCUCAGAGUUAAAGGUUUAAGCUUUUGGAAGGAUAACUUUAAUUGAAUCAGUUGUAUGCUAAACUUUGAGGCUAUUUUCAUUCAGGCUUUUUGUACAUUGGCUAAAGUAUCCCAAUAUUUUUUGCAAUGCCAAAUAUAUUUGUAAAGCCCUGGGCAAACUAGGAAACAUCGUUGCGGAAACAUUGUCAACAAACAAUGUUUUUCUAUGCACAGUAUAUUCCAUUUGCUUGAUAAAUUUAAAUGUCAAGACAGUCAAGUUCUUGAAAUAGAUCCUCCAUUCUAUUUUCGGCCUUUUGUGUACACGUUUUUAUAGAAACUUAACGUUCUGAUUACGGAAGCUGACCAAACGCACACUUGCCCUGGAGAAAGCAGAUUUAACUACCAGAAAACGAGGAAGGGCGGCAGAAAUACUGGUAGAAGAUGCGAUGUCUAGUGAAGAAAGCUGCGUGGAAGAAGAUGAAAACGGAAGAAAUAAGGUUGUGGGGUACAAAGUAAAGCGAUUGUCGUGGGAAAGCAGCAAAUUAAGAAAAAUCAAGAAAGCAUUGGAUAAGUCAAUGAGGGAAGGACAAUCGCAAAGGGCAAGGGAUAGAGCUCUUCCAAGAACAGAUCACGAAGAAAAAUCGACUAGGUUGCCCCCUGAAGGGUUCCCUGAAUGGGCAAUUUCCCAGGAAUGA